AUGACGACGGAGAGUGAGCUACUCUCUCUUAGAGCCAAGUUUGCAGCCGAUACUGGGAUAUACCAAACCCGGAUGCGCUGUCGAAGCUACGCCAUCACAUUGGGUACCCCAGCGGCACCAAAACGGCUAUUUAUAUUUGACGAGCUCUAUCACUUAUUAAUCCCACAUUACCCACACGAUAAUCUUGCAUUCUCUUAG